ACUGGGGGGAGGGAACAGGAUCCGUUCAGGAGCUGGGCGUGGUCUCGGUUACCACAGCAACAGGGACGCUCAGGCCGGGCGUGAGCCCAAUUUUGUGGCCAAUGCACCUCCCAUCCUUAGCAUGGCACCUAAGAAGGAGAAAAGCACCGGGAGCGCAAUCUCUAAGAUCUGGGAACCCUCGCUCAUAGCUGCAACCUUGAACCAGAACGAUUGGAAGGCCUCCAUCGCUUUCGUGGUUGGGAACCGGAUUGAAGAUGAUCUUCUCGUUCGUGCUUUAGAAAUGGCUGUCCAAGUCCCUCAGCGUAAACUCUUCAGUAUAGUGUCAUGGCAAGAUAUCCUCCAGCAGAUCAACGAAAUACAGGCACUUGCUGGAACUGCCUCAGCUAAAAAGGGGAAAAAACUCGCGAGCAGCAAUUUACCGUUGUAUUAUGAGGUGUUGCUGGCAGCAAGAACCAUUAUGGAUAGUGGAGAGAAACUGACCUUACCGUUGAUAGGGAAACUCUUGAAAUUUCAGCUUCUCCAGGUUAAAUCAAAGGACCAGCAGAGACGCGAAAGUGAAAAGAAGAUGGUAGAAGAAAGGGCAAAGUCGGAAAAGGAAAAAGGCAAAGUGAAGUCUCCCAAAGAGAAGAAGGCCCCCAGUGCCAAAGCUGGAAAAGGAAAGGGAAAGGACCAGCCCGAGGCUGCUGCGGCAGUGAAGAAGACCACCCAGUUGAAACGGAGGGGGGAGGAAGACGACAUCAAGUCCUACAUUGAUGAUGAGCCAGAUGACGGUGCCCAGCAUUAUAUUAUUGUCGUGGGUUUCAACAAUCCUCAAAUAUUAGCCAUUAUGACUGAGCUUGGCAUUCCUAUAGCCAGUGUGAUUAAAAUAUCUUCAGAGAACUAUGAACCUCUGCAGAACCACCUGGCUGCAGUCAGCCAGCAGCAGGAAGGUGUCCUUCAGCCCGAAGAUAUAGAAGCCGAAAAGCUGAAGAGAGAAAAAACCAUUAAGGAACUUGAAAUUUUCUGGAAGUACUUGGAACCAAUCCUGAACAACGAGAAGCCUGAAACCAAUCUCUUUGAUGUUGCUCGGCUCCAUUACACGGUCGGUGUGGCGCAUUUUCCUCCUGACUGGUCAGACAAUGAGAUGAUGCUCGAGCUGGGCACCGAGAUCUUUGAAAAUGUUGCCUGUCUGAUGUACGACAGCCUAGACUGGAAGAGGCAGCACCAGCACUAUUUGGCAAGCAUGCAGCUCAUCAACGUCCCGCAAGUGGUCAGCGAGAAAACCAUGUUAGAAGCCAUAGCGAUUCCAGAGCCUCCACCUCCAUCAUCUGCUCCAACCCCUGGCAAGAAGAAAGCACAGUAUGAAGAGCCACCCCCACCCCCAGUGGCUUUCAUCGUCACCACUGAGGUAGACAUGCGCUAUUACAAUGACCUGCUGAAUCCAAUCCCAGAGGAAUUUGUCUCUGUGCCCCUGAUACUGCACUGCAUGCUGGAACAGGUUGUGGCAACUGAAGAAGACCUCAUCCCCCCGAGUCUGGUGGAGCCACCCCACAGAGCAGAUGGGUUGGACUACAGAAUUGCCGCUCACAUUGUGUCCAUCCUGCCUUCGCUCUGCCUGUCUGAGAAGGAGAAGAAGAAUCUCCAUGAGAUAUUCCUAACUGAAGGAGAAAGUGAAACCAAAGCAGCGCCCCAAGGCCCUCUCCUGCUGAAUUACCACGAUGCCCAUGCCCACAAGAAGUAUGUACUGAAGGACCAAAAGAAUUUUGACCCAGUUCAAAUCGAGCAGGAGAUGCAGUCCAAGCUGCCACUGUGGGAAUUCCUUCAGUUCCCUCUGCCCCCUCCGUGGAACAGCACCAAGAGACUCGCCACUAUCCACGAGCUCAUGCAUUUCUGCACCAAUGAAGUGCUGAGCUGGAAUGAAGUAGAACGAGCCUUCAAGGUAUUUACUUUUGAGAGCCUGAAGCUCUCAGAGGUAGACGAAACAGGACAACUCAAGCCCGCCGAGGUGGACAAUCAGACAGAUGGUGAGAAUUUCAACAUCCCGUGGGACAACCCCACCAGGUUCGCCAAGCAGAUAAGGCAGCGGUUCAUCCACAAGAUGAACGUCCAGAAGGUCAAGCCAGUGACAGUCACUGAAAACAAAGACAGAACACUAUUUGUAGACCAGAAUUUGUCAAAGGCCGAGCAAGAGGCUGAGAGAUAUGGAAAUUCCCCGGAUCCUGAUCAGCCUGCUGCUAACAGUGUAAACCACUCUACUUUGGACACCAUGAGACCCUUGGAUGCUGGUAACAAACAGCUAUCAGAGAAGGAGACCAGUGGGUCCAUGUGGCCCCAGCCAGAGUCCUUGGAGCAGCCCAUGGACAAUGAGAUCAAAGAUGAAGCAGCCACAAAGGAUGGCUCUCUUGAAAAGAAACCCAAGAAGAUGGUGGUGGAAGCUAAUCUAGAGGACAUAAAGAAAACGCAGCAGCGCAGUUUAACGGACUGGAGCUUUACUGAGCAUUUUCAGCCGAAAGUCUUGCUUCAGGUCCUUCAGGAAGCCCAUCAGCAGUAUCGAUGUGUUGACUCCUAUUACCACACGCAGGACAAUUCUUUGCUUCUGGUUUUUCAUAACCCAAUGAAUAUACAACGUCUGCACUGUGAAUAUUGGAAUAUUGCUCUUCACUCUAAUGUUGGAUUCAGGAAUUAUUUAGAACUCAUUGCAAACUCUAUUCAAGACUGGAUCACAGAGGAAGAAGCAAAGUAUCAGGAAGCCAAGAUGGCUGAAGAAGUCAACAGGACCAAGAUUGAGCUAGAACUGAAAACUUCAGCUGCCAAAAUUUCUUCUAGCAAAGUUCUUGCUCUCAAAAAAUCUAAAAGUAGCAAAGUAGUCAGCAAAACAGAGAUACCAGAACAAGAGAAGGAGAAAGAGAAAGAGAAGAUGCCUUUUGUUUUAGAAGGCUCUCUCAAGGCAUGGAAGGAAGAACAAGAGAGGUUGGCAGAGGAGGAGCGCCUGAAGGAGGAGAAGAAAACAGAGAAGAAAGGGAAAGACGUUGGUAAAAAGAAAGGGAAGGAUAAGGCAGACAAAGAGGAUGCUAAGGCUUUGAAGAAGAAAUCCUCUUCCAAGGAGAAACCUAAGGAAGAGCCCAUAAAGAUCCCGGAAAUGAUAGAGGAGUCCCUCCCGCUUCCGGAACCCGAGAUAGUUUACCCGUUCCGAGGCUACAAUAUGGGAGAUGUACCCAUCCAAAUCUCAGGGAAAAAUUACUAUCUGUAUCCUUCUGAUGGAGGGCAGAUUGAAGUAGAAAAGACCACGUUUGAACGAGGCCCAACCUUCAUCAAAGUGAAAGUUAAAAAAGACAAACACAAUUUUAUAAUUCACCUGAAAGACCCAAAGGAAAUUGUGAAAAAGCCCAAGGAAGAGGAUGACUCUUCAGAAGAAGAGGAGGAGGGAAAAGUUCAACAAAACGCGGACAUGAAAACACCACAGGUAGUGAAUGAAGUUGUCAGCAAGUUUGGAUCAUUUUCUGCCACCUUAGAAAAUGGGAUCUGCCUCUCAAUCAGUUACUAUGGAGCACAUGGGCUGGCGCCAGAGGUUACGGAUUCCAACCUGGACACAAUGAUGAAUAUCCCUUCAGCUCUGACUGCAACUGUGGUCCCCACUAUAGUGACUGUCCCUCAAGGCAAAGGGAAAGCGAAAAUAAAGGGCAAAGAAAAACCCAAAGAGUCCCUUAAAGAAGAGGAACACCCAAAAGAAGAAGAGAAGAAGAAUUAUGUACAGGAAGAAGUAGAGCCAGAGAUUGUUGUACAGGAAACUCCUUAUGUUCCCACCUUUCAAAACCUAAACGUAUCUUGCCCCAAUGGACUCCUGCUGACCUUCAUUGGGCAAGAAUCUGCAGAUCAUGCUGUGGUAGACGAAGAGCCUAGCUGGGACCUCAUGAUCCGUCAGAGCUACCCCCAGAGAAUGAAGCACUAUGAAUUCUAUAAAGCGGUGUUGCCGCCCAUGGAGCAGGAGGCAUCGAGAGUUAUCACCAGCCAGGGCACCGUCGUCAAGUAUAUGCUGGAUGGAUCCACACAGAUUCUCUUUGCAGACGGUGCUGUGUGCAGCAGUCCCGAUUCAGGUCCAGUGUAUACAUCUCCUGACACAUCUGCAAGCCCCCAUAACGGAGAUUUGGUGGACUCGGCUUCUCAGCCCAAAUCGGAAACAGCACCAUCUGAGAUUGUCAUUACCAAGAAAGGAAAAGGUCACAAAAAUCCAAUGGCACACAAGACUGAAACCCAUGAAGCUCUCCCAGAGGUAGUAGCUCAAACAGCAAUCACUACGGAUUCCCACACUGGCACCUGGUUUACAACAACACCUGAUGGGAAUCGGAUCGGCACCAAAGGACCGAAGAAAAUUGAAGACUUGAAACCAUUUUUAUCCUUCCAGGCUACAGAUCCCAUCAAUGGAACGGUCAUGAUUACUCGAGAAGACAAGGUGAUCAUUGUUGAAAAGAAAGAUGGAACCCGGAUCGUGGAUCAUGCUGAUGGUACCAGAAUCACAACCUUUUAUCAGGUUUAUGAAGAUCAUAUUAUUCCUCCAGAUGGUGAAGAAACAACCGAAGGUCCAGCGACUGUCACCAGGCAGGUGAAGUGCAUGCGGAUAGAGAGCUCACACUAUGCCACUGUUAUCACCAACUGCGAGGACAGUAGCUGCUGUGCCACCUUUGGGGAUGGAACGUCUAUUAUUGCGAAGCCACAGGGAUCAUACCAGGUGUUACCCCCAAACACAGGCUGCCUUUAUAUCGACAGAGACUGUUCAGCUACGUACUGCCAUGAACCGAGCAGCAACAUCUACCACCCCUUCCAGAAGCGUGAGCAGCUGAGAGCCAGCAGGUACAUCAUGAAGCACACCUCAGAGGUGAUCUGUGAGGUCCUGGAUCCUGAGGGGAACACCUUUCAGGUCAUGGCUGAUGGCUCUGUAUCAACAAUGUUACCAAAAAAGAAAUUAGAAGCUGAUCUCAGUGUACAAACUGAGGGCUAUGAAAGCUUGUCAUCAAUUCACCUUGCAAAGAAUCACAUGCAAAUCUAUGGGGAACACGUUCCCAGGUUUUUUGUGAUCUACACUGACGGAUCCGGUGUGGAACUCCUCCGAGACAGUGACAUAGAAGAAUACCUAUCCUUGGCCUACGGAGAAUCCACGACUGUGGUUCUCCAGGAACCAGUCCAGGAACAGCCAGGUGCCUUGAGUAUCACGGUGCUUCGCCCUUUCUAUGAAGCAUCACCAUGGGUAAUGAAGAAGGAGUUAGACACCAUCGUCCCUCCGAAUCUCCAGUCGAGGUCAUGGGAAAGAUUCCCUUCAGUUGAGAAAAAGACUCCCGGACCUCCAUUUGGCACUCAGAUUUGGAAAGGCCUCUGCAUAGGGUCUAAGCAGCUGACAAAUGCCCCAGCCCCGAUACUCAAAGGCCCCAAGGUGCUACAGAUGCGCCAGUUCUUCCAGCAUGAGGUCAUAAAGAAUGAGGUCAAGCUGGGGCUGCAGAUUUCCCUUAAGGAUUAUAUAAACCAUAUUCUAAAGAAGGAAGACGAGCUACAGGAAAUGACAGUCAAGGAUUCCAGGACGGAGGAAGAAAGAGGCAAUGCUGCAGACCUCCUUAAGCUGGUUAUGUCUUUCCCUAAAAUGGAGGAAACUACAAAAAGUCACGUUACUGAAGUUGCAGCCCACCUAACGGAUUUGUUCAAGCAAUCUAUGGCUUCAACUCCAGUAUGUUCCCCAGACACAUUCUCUAAAGAUUUCUUUGAAAAGAAAUGGAGGGGUGCGUCACCAGGAAAGAGUUGGAAAGAAAAGCUCGAGCAACAGAGGAACACUAUUGAGAAAACACAAAAUUACCUGUCGCAAAUUAGGAACAAAGAAGUACCACCUUAUUUUAAGUCUGAACUGGGCCCGCUAUUUAAGACACAGUAUGGUUAUCUGGAGAAGCUUUCCAAAAACCUGCCUCCUAUUACAAAGAAAACGGAAGACACAGCCACAGCAGCUGUUCCGGAUCUGCAUUCAGAUUCCACACUGACUUCAGGUGUAGAACAAGAAGCUGCAAAUAUACCUCCCCUUCCAAAAGAAGAGGUUGCUGAGAAUAUCAAGGAGCCUACUAGCCUAAGUGAUACUGAAAAUGUAACUCAACCUAUCAAGAAGUCUUCUAACCAAAACCAAACUGAAAAUUUAGCACAACCUUCCCAAGAGUCUGAGAGUCAAAAGGAAACCGAAAUUGUAACCAAAUCUACCAAGGAAUCCGAUAUUCAGAACAAAAGUGAAACUUUAAAAAUAGCUACUAAGAAGUCUGCUAGCCAAAAUCAACUUGAAAUUUUAACAAAAUUUGCCAAGGAGACUGCAAGCCAAAACCAACUUGAAAAUGUCACCAGACCUCCUAAUGAAGAACCAGACAUUUUUACGCCGAUCAAAAUUCCAACCCAGUCAUUGCUGCAGGAUGUUACUGGACAAGCAAGAAAAGAGAAAGUGAGGUUACCUCAUUAUCUGAUGGGUUCCAAGCCCAAGUCUCAACCUCUUGCCAAGGUGGAAGAUUCCGUUGGGGGAAAAGUGAAUACGUCUUCCAUUGCAUCUGCGGCUAUUUAUAACACAAACGCAUCCCCUUUCGGGUUCCACCUUCUCCCACCGGCGGUGAAGUUUGGGGUGCUUAAAGAGGGACACAGCUAUGCAACCAUUGUGAAACUCAAGAAUGUCGGUGUGGACUUCUGCAGGUUUAAAGUGAAGCAGCCACCACCUAGCACUGGACUGAAAGUGACAUAUAAACCUGGGCCUGUGGCUGCCGGUUUGCAUGCAGAGCUGCAGAUAGAGCUCUUCGCCAUGGCUGUUGGAGAAGACGGUGCCAAGAGGUCAGCACACAUCUCCCACAACAUCGAGAUCACGACAGAGCAUGAUAUUCUGUUCUUACCCGUGGAAGCAAUAGUUUUAACAAGCAGUAACUAUGACAAUCGACCCAAAGAUUUUCCCCAGGGAAAAGAAAACCCCAUGGUCUACAGGACUUCCACAAUCUCCUCCUCGGCACUUGGAGUCUUCACGUCUCACAAGUCCAUGCGUCAUCGUCAUCGUUAGGAUCUUUUCUUCUCGGUACAACUCGAUGGCUUCCAUGAUCCUCUCAGCCUACAUAGAAGAUGGCAAAGGAAGAGAUCAUUCCAACACACACCCAUCGGCCCAAG